GCGACAGUCGCACGGACUCCGGUGGCCUCGGCCGGCCCAGCCGGCCGGGCUCCCUCCCCCGGGGCUGCGCAUGCAAAUGCCGGGUCGCCGGGGCGGGGCGCAGGAAGCAGAGGCGGGCCGGGUCCUGCUCCCAGGAAAGCCCCGCGCGGCGGGGGCCGGAGCAGGGCAGCCCCGGGGUGUCCACUUCCCGCUCGGGCGCCCGGACGGCGAAUGGGGCAGGAGCGCGCAGCAGGUGCCUUCGCGUCUCCCAAUGGGGUGGCUUUGCUCUGGGCUCCUGUUCCCCGUGAGCUGCCUGAUCCUGGCGCAGGUGACGGGCUCUGGGAGUGUGGACGUCCUGCUCCAGCCCACCUGCCUCUCCGACUACAUCAGCGUCUCCACCUGCGAGUGGAAGAUGGCCAGCCCCACCAACUGCAGCGCUGAGCUCCGCCUGUCCUACCAGCUGGAGUUCCCGUCACCCGAAACCCAGACGUGUGUCCCUGAGAACAGCGAAGGCACGGGCUGCGUGUGCGACAUGCUCAUGGACAACGUGGUUGGAGCGGACACCUACAAGCUGGACCUGUGGGCUGGGCAGCAGCUGCUGUGGACUGGGUCCUUCAAGCCCAGCGAGCACGUGAAACCCAGGGCCCCAGGAAACCUCACGGUUCAUACCAACAUCUCCGACACCUUGGUGCUGACGUGGAACAACCCGUACCCUCCUAACUCUUUCCUGAAUGACGAUCUCAUCUACCUGGUCAACAUUUCAAGUGAAAACAACCCAGCGGAUUUCAGAGUCUAUGACGUGACCUACAGAGAACCCAUCCUCCGCAUCGCAGCCAGCGCCCUAAAAUCCGGGGUGUCCUACAGGGCGCGGGUGAGGGCCUGGGCCCAGAGCUACAACAGCACGUGGAGCGAGUGGAGCCCCAGCGCCCUGUGGCUUAACUCGUACGAGGAGCCCUUUGAGCAGCGCCUCUCGGUCGGUGUCAUCAUCUCCUGCAUUUCGAUCCUGAUCAUCUGCCUGUCCUGCUAUUGCAGCAUCAGCAAGAUUAAGAAGGACUGGUGGGACCAGAUUCCCAACCCAGCGCACAGCCCGCUCAUGGCGAUCAUCAUCCAAGAUGCGCAGGUGUCACCGUGGGAGAGGCGGUCCCGGGGCCAGGAGGCAGCCAAGUGCCCACACUGGAAGACUUGCCUCACCAAGCUCCUGCCCUGUUUGCUGGAGAGUGGCAUGAAAAGGGAGGAUUCACCCAAGGCUGCCAGAAAGGGGCCUUUGCAGGGCCCUGGGAAAUCAGCGUGGCACCCUGUGGAGGUCAGCAAGACGGUCCUCUGGCCAGAGAGCAUCCACGUGGUGCGGUGCAUGGAGUUGUUUGAGGCCCAGGUGGAGAGCGAGGAGGAGGAAGCGGAGGAAGACAAAGGGAGCUUCUGCACAUCGCCUGAGAGCAGCGGGGGGGGCUUCCAGGAGGGCAGGGAGGGCAUCAUGGCCCGGCUGACAGAGAGUCUGUUCCUGGACCUGCUCAGGGGCGAGGAGGGGGGCUUUGGCCAGCAGAGCCUGGGGGAGUCCUGCCUUCUUCCACCUUCAGGAAGCCCGAGUGCUCAGAUGCCCCGGGCCGAGUUCCCAGGUGCAGAGCUCGAGGAGGAGACGUCUUCCUGGGGCAGGCAGCAGCCUUUCAACCCGGAGCCCAACCCUGCAGCCAGCGUGGCUUGCACAGAGAUGCCCGUUGUCAUCGCAGACAACCCCGCUUACCGCAGCUUCAGCAGCUCCCUGAGCCAGUCCCCAAGUCCUCGCGAGCUUGACGCAGACCCGCAGCUGGCCGAGCACCUGGGAGAGGUGGAGCCCAGGGUCCUCUGUGCCCCCCAGCCCUCUGAGCCACCCAGCGGGCUCCCGCCCGAGCCGGAAUCCUGGGAGCAGAUCCUCCGCCAGAGCGUCCUCCAGCACGGGGCGGCCACGGCCCCCGCCCCGGCCAUCAGCAGUGGCUAUCGGGAGUUCGUGCAUGUGGCCAAGCAGGGCAGCACCCAGGACAGUGGGGUGGCGGGCCUGGGCCCCUCGGGAGAGGCUGGGUACAAGGCCUUCUCGAGUCUGCUCACCAGCAGUGCUGUGUCCCCAGGCAUGUCUGGACUUGGGGCCAGCAGUGGGCAGGGCGGCUACAGGCCCUUCGAGAACCUCAUUCCUGGCUGUCCUGGGGACCCUGCCCCAGUCCCCAUGCCCCUGUUCACCUUUGGACUGGACGUGGAGCCACUUCACAGCCCGCAGGGCACCCUCCCCCCCAGCAGCUCCCCAGAGCACCUCGGUCUGGAGCCAGCGGCAAAGGGCGGGGACAAGCAGAAGCCCCCGCUCCCCCUGGAGCAGGACACAGAACCCCUUGGUGAUGACCUGGGCAGUGGCAUCGUCUACUCAGCCCUCACCUGCCACCUGUGUGGCCACCUGAAGCAGUGUCACGGCCAGGAGGAGGGCGGCCAGGCCCACGCUGUGACCAGCCCCUGCUGCGGCUGCUGUUGUGGAGACAGGUCCUCGCCCCCAGUGAGCCCCCAGAAGGCCCCGGGCCCCUCUCCAGCUGGGGUUCCCCUGGAGGCCAGCCUCUCUCCGGCCUCCCUGGCACCCUUGGGCAUCUCAGAGGAGGGUAAGUCCUCGCUGUCCCUCCAUCCUGCCCCCAGCAAUGCUCAGGGCUCAAGCCAGACCCCCAAAAUCGUGAACCUGGUCCCCACAGAGCCCACCUGCAUGGGGGUUUCCUAGGUGGGCACCCUCUCAUUGCUGCGGUCUACAGGUGAGGACCGGGGCUUCUUCAGGCCUAGGAAAUGUCUCCUCCUGGAAGGCAGCCGGGCUGGCAGGUUUCCGAAAGACUCGAAGAACCAUGGUUUGAAGGUGCAAUGGCUUGACACUGGGGCCAGAGACCGGACCCUUCCCUCCAGCAUCAGCCCGGCCUUGCCACACCUUGUGGGAUGGAGGGCACUGGGCAGCUGUGCCCACGGCAGGCACGUACAGUCGUAACUCGACUUGUGAAUGGCAGCACCAUCCACAGCCCCUGCAUCAGACUGUCCGUGUCCUACCUGCCCAAGGCAUGUUUUGUCCACCAAAUCACCAUUGCCCACGUCCCUCAGCAGCCUCCAUCUCACUGAGCUGGAAGCUGAGCCUACAAACUAACGAAGCCAUCCAGGGAAUGAGGUGGGCAUCCCUGGGAAAUGGAAAUUGAGGGAGGGUGGCCAUUUGCCCAGAGGUGCCCGUUCACUCAACUCAGCUUCCUUGGGUUGGUGCUAGAGGCAGAAUCUGGGCUGUUCAGUCAAGUAGGGGCAACAGAGGACAUGAAAAAUUGCCAUUACCGAAGCAGCGGCAGUUUGCCACCAGGCAUCCAAACACGACCGUAAGGCUAGGGGCUUCUGUUGUGCCUGGGAUCCCCGAAUAAACGAGCCCGGCUUCCUCACGGCCAGUCUCCGUGGACACCAUUGUGGGCAGCCACAGGGGAACCAUGAGGAAGUGGUUCAUGUCCGGUGAGCCAGCCCACCCAGAAGGCAGACAUCGGGCACCACUGUCCCUGCGUCGGCCAGGGGAGUGCCGGGGAAGGCGUGGGGGACCUUGGGCUGGAUGUCCGUGUGUGUCUAGAAGAUCGUUUUUCACCUAAUGUCGGUGUUUGCCGAGGAGGGUGGGGCAGGAGGGAGUGGAGUUUUGUAUAAAGGUUCUUUAUCUCUGCAUUUUUUGUUUAUUAAAUAAACAUACCUCCGGGCA